AUGCCUCUUGAGAAGUUGCAGGGGGUUAAACUCCCCGCGUCCGCGGAUUUUCAUGUUCAUCUGCGUGAUGGCGAUAUGAUGGAUCUGGUUACUCCUACUAUCAGACAGGGAGGAGUGAACACGGUUUUUGUCAUGCCAAACCUCGUACCACCAAUCACCACCGUUGACCGCGCACUUGAAUACAAACAACGCCUGCAAGCUAUUGAGCCCAAUGUAAACUACCUGAUGUCUCUGUACCUCCAUGAGGAUGUGACCCCAGAGACCAUUGUCGAGGCGAAGAAGAGGGGUAUCACUGGUGUCAAGAGUUACCCGGCGGGUGUGACUACCAAUUCUUCUUCGGGUGUUGUCGACUACUCCGUGUUCUACCCCGUCUUUGAGGAGAUGGAGCGCCAGGAAAUGGUUCUCAAUCUUCACGGAGAGGCACCCUCCACAGGUGACGUGACGGUCUUGUCGGCUGAGGAGCGCUUCUUGCCGGUUCUGGGCCAACUCCACGAGCGUUUCCCUAAGCUUCGCAUUAUCCUGGAGCACUGCACGACGGCUGCAGCCAUUGAGGCUGUCAAAAAAUGUGGUCCCACCGUUGCCGGUACCAUCACGGCUCAUCACUUGUCCAUCAUCAUUGACUCCUGGGCCGGAGAUCCGUUCUGCUUCUGCAAGCCUGUUGCCAAGACCCCCGCGGACCGUGACGCACUCCUCCGGGCUGCGGUAUCUGGUGACCCGAAGUUCUUCUUCGGCUCGGACAGUGCGCCCCAUCCGGCUGCCUCCAAGCGCGGCGGAGACAGGAUCGCAGCAGGCGUGUUCACUCAGCCGUACACUACCCAGGUCGUGAUCGAUUCUUUCGAGCAAGCCUGUGAGAAUGGCAUUCUCAAGGAGUCUGACAUAACCCCUGAGAUUCUUGAGGGUUUCCUGAGCAAAUUCGGCCGACAAUUCUAUGGCAUCGGUGAGGAAAAGAACGAGUUUAUUACCCUGGUGAAGAAAGGUGAAAAUAUCGCAAACAUCCUGCAGUCUGAAAAGCUGGACGUGGUUCCAUUCAGACGCGGCCAGGAGACAUGGACCGUCUCGUGGUCGUUAUAG